GCAAACCUGGAAAGUCUAAAGAUUGCAAUAAUUGUUGGACCAAAGGGACCCUCUUCAGGCAUAAAUAGCAAGACUCCUACUGUCUUCUCUUGCAGACCAACUCAGCUGCCAGCAAAAGCAGGUGCUCUCCCUCUACCAGUGCUCCAGAGGAAUAUUUAGGAAUGGAAAACCUGAUGUUUGUCUACUGGUCCUGUAAAGUUAUCUGGACAGUUCUUGUAACAAUACUGGGUCAUGCCAGCAGCCUGCCUGUGGGGGAGGAUGCUCUUUGCACAGCAGAGGAACUUGCUAAGUACAGGAUAAUCUUCACAGGGAAAUGGAGUCAGACUGCUUUCCCUAAGCAGUAUCCACUCUACAGGCCCCCAGCACAGUGGUCAUCCUUGCUAGGUGUUACUCAUAGUUCUGACUACAGCAUGUGGAAAAAAAAUGAAUAUGCCAGCAAUGGUGUACGUGAUUUUGCUGAAAAGGGUGAAGCAUGGGCAUUAAUGAAAGAAAUAGAAGAAGCUGGAGAGAAAAUUCAGAGUGUACACGGAAUCUUCUCUGCUCCUGCAAUUUCCAGUGGUACAGGACAAACCUCAACUGAAUUAGAAGUGCAUCCAAGACAUCCCUUAGUUUCGUUCGUUGUACGAAUUGUUCCAAGCCCCGACUGGUUUGUGGGCAUUGAAAGCCUAAAUCUCUGUGAAGGAGACCACUGGAUGGAUGAAGUAUCAGUAGAUCUAUUUCCAUAUGAUGCUGGAACUGACAGUGGAUUCACAUUUUCUUCCCCUAACUUUGCCACUAUUCCACAGGACACAGUUACAGAGAUCACUUGUUCCUCUCCAAGCCACCCAGCAAACUCAUUUUAUUAUCCCAAACUCAAAAUUUUGCCACCAAUUGCUCAAGUAACAAUGGUGAAAUUAAAGAAAAGUCAGCUAGGUCUUUCUGCACCUUUUAUUAAUCUUCCAGCUAAAAGCAAUGAAAUAAUAGACACUGUCUCAGAAACACCCCUGGACUGCGAGGUUUCACAGUGGUCUUCCUGGGGGCUCUGCAGAGGGGUUUGCAGAGAAACGGGGACCAAGAUCAGAACUCGUUUUGUACUUCUUCAGCCUGCCAAUAAUGGAAUGCCUUGUCCAAACCUGGAUGAAGAAACAGGAUGUGAACCAGAAAAUUGUGUCUGAAAUAAAGAAAAUAUAAUAAUUAAGAUAAUUUAAAAGUAGGAUAAGUUUAAAUCUAAACUACAUGUCAAUCAAUGUUCUUUUUAAUUUGGAUAAGCUGCACUAUUUUGCUGAAAAGCUGCAUUAGAAUGGUUUUGAAAGUUUUUAUUUAAUAUCAAGAUUUUGGGGGAUUAAAUUCCUAAGGUUUAGUAGGACAACAGUACUGGCUAAUUUAAAGAACAAAAACCCCCAAAUAAAUCCUUCCUCCAAAUACACUGUAAGUUCUUGGAGUACCCUCUAGUGGCAGAAAAGAAGACAUUUGGAAAGACUGUACUUCACAUUUUUACUUCACAGUAAAAAUCUUUCAAUCACAAAGUCUAAACUAAUAACCUCCUUAAAUAUUGUAAUUUGUUUAUCUACACAUAUUUAUACCUAGAAAAUAGGGUUUUUUUCCUCUAAAUUAUGUUUUUAUAAUUUAUUGGCAUUUUUGUCGUCUUUCUCACCUUGCUUAAUAUGCAUUUCUUCAGAAACUACUUUAAAAAGUCAGAGUGACCAGAUGUUUGCAGUGUGGUUAAGACAAUAAUGGAACUGAGUAAACUUUUCUUGAGACUUUUGAAUAUCUGAAAAUGUCUUUUUCUUUCUCAAAAGUGAGAAGAAUAACUGCCAUGAGGACACUCAGUCAACAAAAUUACUAGAAAAAAAAUCUGAAGUGUUGAUAGUCACAGAAAGCAUCUGAGUUGAAUUAAAAGUGUUAGCUGAGAUACAAAAACUGAUUAUUGGUGUGUGUCCCUCAUGAGACAACUUUAAUCUCAAAGUUAACACUGUUGACCAUAACAUAAAUUAUAUCAUUAACCUUAUAUAUGCAGUAAA